AUGGAGGUCAAGGUUAAGAAGUGUUUUAUCAUUGUUGACAUGGCAGUGGCUUUGUCCAAUUGGCUUGCUGACCGUCAACCCCUGACUGACUCCACAAUACUACUGCAAAUUUCCCUGUCAGUGUUGGUCAGACAGAGAAUAAGCUGGGGGAGAAAGAGUGAGUUUGUUAAUGAGAGAGUAAUUGAGACACCAUACACCGUACAACUGCAAAGGGAAACAAUAUAUAAAGACUUUGACAGAGAGGACAGUCAUGGGAAUCCAGAAGCCAGAGAUUUACCCGUAAACGACAAAAGGAGUUCUCCCCCCUCAGACAGGCCUCCUUUUGGCCCUCAACACCACAACCACUCCACAGACGAGCAGGAAAGUCCAGAAAGAAUUGUUCAAAAGGAAAAGCUUCAUGCAGAACUAAAACAAGUUUUGAGUCAGAAGAGAAGCCAGCUUAGAGACACUCACUCCACCCUCAUAGAUAUGGAGGAACCCCCACAGAAGGACAGUAAGAAUGAGGUGGAGAAGGAUAGCCAGCUGUCAGAGCUUGUGGAAGUGGUCGUUGAAACGCAGGCUGAGGUUGGAGCUAGUGGGUACAGUGUGGUGGGUGGAGGGGAGCGAGGUAUCUUCAUCCAAGAGGUCUUGAAAGACUCCCCAGCAGCGAAGCACCUCAGUCUACAGAAAGGAGAUCAACUGCUAAGUGCAAGAGUAUAUUUUGAUAACGUGAAAUAUGAGGACGCAUUAAAAAUUCUUCAGUGUGCAGAACCAUACAAAGUAUCCUUCUUUUUGAAGAGGACUGUGCCAGAAACCAAAGUCAGCAUACGUCAAGGUGCACAAAAUCUUGAGCUCAGAGGACCUAAGGCCAAGAUGCAAAGGAUGAGUGUCAAAAGUGUGAAACCAUUCAAAGCCAAAAAAAAGAGAGGAGGAAGAUUUGGAUUGAAAAGACUGAAAGAGAACAAAAAAGCCAUAGCACAAGCAGACACAGACAUUGAAGGCUCAUCUGGCAGAUCAGGCCUCAGUCCUGUUGAUGUUGAGUUUGUAUUCCCAAAGUUCAAGAUGAGGAAAGGUGGAAAGGCCACUACAGAUGGAUCAGGACAGCUGGAGGGAGUGAUCACUAGCAGUAGGAAGAAGAGGAAGAUCAGAUUUCCGAGGAUGAAAGCAAUGGAUGCUGCUGUAGGUGAAGGGAACAUCAAUGUAGAUGUUUCAACAUUUGAGGGAGAGGCAGAGGUUUCUGGAUCAAAGCUAAAAGCCAAAGCGAAAGGUCCAAAAUUUGGAAUUAAUUUGCCUAAAAUCAAAAAGUCCAAAUUAGAUAUACAAUCUUCAAAUGACAGCUUUGAGGUGAAAGGACCAGAAACCAAAUUGAAGCCUCCAUCGGCAAAUACUGAUUUCAGAAUGAUUCAAGGCAAUGCUGAGGCUAAUGUGCCUAAUCUUGAGAUCAGUGUUAAAGUAAAGGAAGAGGGCCCUGAGAUUAAAAUGCCUAGGAUGAAUCUGGAUGUGUCAGACUCAAAGAUGACAAUGCCAAUGAUCAAACUGCCAAAGGUUAGGCUGUCUUGUCAUUCAGAUGAAUUUGAUGGAGAGGCAAGUAAGAAAAUGUAUACAUCUGAAAAUAAAUUGAAAAUGCCCACAAUUGACCUCAAAUCACCUAAUGUGGAUUUGGACUUGCAUUUCCCAAAGACUAAGGGCACAGCUGAAAUCAAAGAUGUUGAAGUUCCUCACCCAAAUGUGAAAGGGAAAAAAAUCAGAACAGCAAAGAUUGACAAAUCAUUGACAAAGCUAGACUUUGAUGCAAAAGAAAAAAUUGGAGAUUACAUUGAUGGAUCCAUGGUAAAACAGCACAAUAUUUCUCUCCCCAAACUUGAUAUUGCAGAGCCAAAGAUAGAGACAUCAGAUGUGAACAUCAAUCUUCCUAUAUUAGAUCUCUCAUUACCAAAAAUGACUGCAAAAAACACUGAUAGUGAGGGGCAUAUAAGUACUGGAGUAAAAUUGGAAAUGCCAAAAAUAACAUCUCCUGAGGGUGAAAUCGGAGUCAAAAAACCUGCAACAAAAGGUGAAACAUCUCACAUGCCAUCAAUUGACAUAUCAUUGCCAAAAGUAACAGGCGCAGGUACUGUUGAUAUCAAACCGCAUUCUGAAAAAACUGGAAAGAUCAACAUGCCGAAACUCGACAUUUCCUUACCAAAAAUCGAAAACAACACAAAAGGAGAACUCAAUGUGGAAGGUCCUGAAUUUAAAGAUGGGAAGUUUCAGAUGCCUUCUUUUAAUAUAACCUCAGCAAAGGUUAAGGCAGAGGCAGAUGUCUGUCUGGAUGGAGAAUCCAAAAAGGGGACAACAUUUAAAAUGCCAAAAUGUGAUAUUAAAUUACCACAGAUGAAAUCAACAGGGGCUGAAAUCAUUAGUGAAGGUAAUAAAAGUAAGGGGGCCAAGUUUAACUUGCCUCAAGUUGAUCCGUCUCUAUCCAAGAUAAAACUUCCAGAGGUGGAUGCUAAUGUUGCGGUUCCCAAGAGUGAACAAUCCAGCAUACCAUCUAUAGAUCUCUCUCUCUCCAAAGGAAAAGUCAAAGGUGAUGUGGAUAGUAAAAGCUUGAAAAAGCUUGAAAUGCCCAAAUUUGAUGUAACCCUACCCCAAAUGACAAAUGAAGGAGACAUAACAGUUGAUGGUCAAACCAAAACAGGUAGAAAGAUUCCAAUGCCCCAAAUAGACAUUUCACUUCCAAGGAUUAAGAGAAGAGAGGUGGAAAUCAAUGCUGAAGGACCUGAGGUCAAAGGAAGCAAGGCCCACAUGCAUUCCAUCGAUAUUUCUUUGCCUAAAGAAAAGACUGAAAGAAAGACUGCUCCUCAGAUAAAAAGAGGAAAGUUAAAAAUGCCAUCAAUUGAAAUCUCCCUCCCAAAAGGAAAAGCAGACACAGACAUUUGUCUUGAAGGCAAAACAGCAGAGGGAAGAAAAUGUAAUGUUCCUAAAUUUGAUGUUAGCACAUAUUCAGAGGGAGAAAUCAGUACUGAGGCACACAAUAUCAAAGGUGGAAAGUUUUCCAAGCCCUCGGUAGAUAUCUCUCUACCAGAAGGAGGAGCAAGUGGAUAUCUUGAUGUUGAAGAGCAUAUAGGAAAAGGAAAAAUUGAAAUGCCCAAAUUUGAUAUUCCUUUGCCUAAAUUCAAGGGCGAAGUCGAUGUUGAAGGUCCUGAUAUCAAGGGUGGAAAAUUUCAGAUGCCCUCUGUAGAUAUCUCUCUACGAGGAGGAGGAUCAGGAGGAGAUCUAAAUGUCGAAGGGAAUGCAGGAAAAGGAAAAAUUGAAAUGCCCAAAUUUGAUAUUUCUUUGCCUAAAUUAAAGGGUGAAGUCGACAUUGAAGGUCCUGAUAUCAAGGGUGGAAAAUUUCUCAUGCCCUCUGUAGAUAUCUCUCUACCAAGAGCAAGAGCAGGAAGAGAUGUAGAUGUUGAAGGACAUGCAGGAAAAGGAAGAAAAUUUGAAAUGCCCAAAUUUGAUAUGUCCUUACCUAAAUUGAAAACAUCAGGGGGUGAAAUCAACACCGAAUGUCCUGAUAUCAAAGGUGGAAAGUCUAAAAUGCCAUCAAUAGAUAUCUCUCUGCCUGGAGGAGGAGCAAGUGGAGAUCUAAAUGUUGAAGGGAAUGCAGGAAAAGGAAAAUAUGAAAUGUCCCAAUGUGACAUUUCUUUGCCUAAAUUUAAGGGUGAAGUCAAUGUUGAAGGUCCUGAUAUCAAGGGUGGAAAGUUUCACAUGCCUUCUGUGGAUAUCUCUCUGCCAGGAGGAGGAGCAAGUGGAGAUCUAAAUGUCAAAGGAAAUGUGGGAAAAGGAAAAUUUGAAAUGCCUAAAUUUGACAUUUCUUUGCCUAAAUUAAAGGGUGAUGUCGAUGUUGAAGGUCCUGAUAUCAAGGGUGGAAAGUUUCACAUGCCCUCUGUAGAUAUCUCUUUGCCAGGAGGAGGAGCAAGUGGAGAUGUAGAUGUUGAAGAACAUGCAGGAAAAGGAAGAAAAUUUGAAAUGCCCAAAUUUGAUGUGUCCUUGCCUAAAUUUAGGACGUCAGGGGGUGAAAUAAACACUGACUGUCCUGAUAUCAAAGGUGGAAAGUUUCAAAUGCCAUCUCUAGAGAUCUCUCUACCUGGAGGAGGAGCAAGUGGAGAUAUAAAUGUUGAAGGGAAUACAGGAAAAGGAAAAUUUGAAAUGCCUAAAUUUGACAUUCCUUUGCCAAAAAUAAAGGGUGAAGGUGAAGUCAAUGUUGAAGGUCCUGAUAUCAAGGGUGGAAAGUUUAACAUGCCAUCUCUAGAGAUCUCUCUACCUGGAGGAGGAGCAAGUGGAGAUAUAAAUGUUGAAGGGAAUACAGGAAAAGGAAAAUUUGAAAUGCCUAAAUUUGACAUUUCUUUGCCUAAAAUAAAGGGUGAAGUUGAUGUUGAAGGUCCUGAUAUCAAGGGUGGAAAAUUUCACAUGCCCUCUGUAGAUAUCUCUUUGCCAGGAGGAGGAUUAAGUGGAUAUCUGAAUGUUGAAGGGCAUGAAGGAAAAGGAAAAAUUGAAAUGCCCAAAUGUGACAUUUCUUUGCCUGAAUUAAAGGGUGAAGUCAAUGUUGAAGGUACUGAUAUCAAGGGUGGAAAGUUUCACAUGCCAUCUCUAGAGAUCUCUCUACCUGGAGGAGGAGCAGGAGGAGAUCUAAAUGUCAAAGGCAAUGCGGGAAAAGGAAAAUUUGAAAUGCCUAAAUUUGACAUUUCUUUGCCUAAAUUAAAGGGUGAAGUCAAUGUUGAAGGUCCAGAUAUCAAGGGUGGAAAGUUUCACAUGCCCUCUGUGGAUAUCUCUUUGCCAGGAGGAGGAGCAAGUGGAGAUGUAGAUGCUGAAGAAUAUGCAGGAAAAGGAAGAAAAUUUGAAAUGCCCAAAUUUGAUGUGUCCUUGCCUAAAUUUAAAUCAUCAGGGGGUGAAAUCAACACUGAAGGUCCUGAUAUGAAAGGUAGAAAGUUUCACAUGCCAUCUCUAGAUAUAUCUCUGCCUGUAGGAGGAGCAACAAGUGGAGAUCUAAAUGUCAAAGGCAAUGCAGGAAAAGGAAGAAAAUUUCAAAUGCCCCAAUUUGAUGUGUCCUUGCCUAAAUUUAAAACAUCAGGGGGUGAAAUCAACACUGAAGGUCCUGAUAUCAAAGGUGGAAAGUUUCACAUGCCAUCUCUAGAUAUCUCUCUACCUGGAGGAGGAGCAAGUGGAGAUAUAAAUGUUGAAGGGAAUGCAGGAAAAGGACAAUUUGAAAUGCCCAAAUGUGACAUUUCUUUGCCUAAAUUAAAGGGGGAUGUCGAUGUUGAAUGUCCUGAUAUCAAGGGUGGAAAGUUUCACAUGCCUUCUGUAGAUAUCUCUCUGCCUGGAGGAGGAGCAGGAGGAGAUCUAAAUGUCAAAGGCAAUGCGGGAAAAGGAAAAUUUGAAAUGCCUAAAUUUGACAUUUCUUUGCCUAAAUUAAAGGGUGAAGUCAAUGUUGAAGGUCCUGAUAUCAAGGGUGGAAAGUUUCACAUGCCCUCUGUGGAUAUCUCUUUGCCAGGAGGAGGAGCAAGUGGAGAUGUAGAUGCUGAAGAAUAUGCAGGAAAAGGAAGAAAAUUUGAAAUCCCCAAAUUUGAUGUGUCCUUGCCUAAAUUUAAAUCAUCAGGGGGUGAAAUCAACACUGAAGGUCCUGAUAUGAAAGGUAGAAAGUUUCACAUGCCAUCUCUAGAUAUAGCUCUGCCUGGAGAAGGAGCAAGUGGAGAUCUAAGUGUUGAAAGGAAUGCAGGAAAAGGAAAAAUUGAAAUGCCUAAAUUUGACAUUUCCUUGCCUAAAUUAAAGGGUGAAGUUGAUGUUGAAGGUCCUGAUAUCAAGGGUGGAAAGUUUCACAUGCCUUCUGUAGAUAUCGCUCUGCCAGGAGGAGGAUUAAGUGGAGAUAUAAGUGUUGAAAGGAAUGCAGGAAAAGGAAGAAAAUUUGAAAUGCCCCAAUUUGAUGUGUCCUUGCCUAAAUUUAAAACAUCAGGGGGUGAAAUCAACACUGAAGGUCCUGAUAUCAAAGGUGGAAAGUUUCACAUGCCAUCUCUAGAGCUCUCUCUACCUGGAGGAGGAGCAAGUGGAGAUAUAAAUGUUGAAGGGAAUGCAGGAAAAGGACAAUUUGAAAUGCCUAAAUUUGACAUUUCUUUGCCUAAAUUAAAGGGUGAUGUCGAUGUUGAAUGUCCUGAUAUCAAGAGUGGAAAGUUUCACAUGCCUUCUAUAGAUAUCUCUCUGCCUGGAGGAGGAGCAGGAGGAGAUCUAAAUGUCAAAGGCAAUGCGGGAAAAGGAAAAUUUGAAAUGCCUAAAUUUGACAUUUCUUUGCCUAAAUUAAAGGGUGAUGUCGAUGUUGAAGGUCCUGAUAUCAAGGGUGGAAAGUUUCACAUGCCAUCUGUGGAUAUCUCUUUGCCAGGAGGAGGAGCAAGUGGAGAUGUAAAUGUUGAAGAACAUGCAGGAAAAGGAAGAAAAUUUGAAAUGCCCAAAUUUGAUGUGUCCUUGCCUAAAUUUAAAUCAUCAGGGGGUGAAAUCAACACCGAAGGUCCUGAUAUGAAAGGUAGAAAGUUUCACAUGCCAUCUCUAGAUAUAUCUCUGCCUGGAGGAGGAGCAAGUGGAGAUCUAAGUGUUGAAAGGAAUGCAGGAAAAGGAAAAAUUGAAAUGCCUAAAUUUGACAUUUCCUUGCCUAAAUUAAAGGGUGAAGUUGAUGUUGAAGGUCCUGAUAUCAAGGAUGGAAAGUUUCACAUGCCUUCUGUAGAUAUCGCUCUGCCAGGAGGAGGAUUAAGUGGAGAUAUAAGUGUUGAAAGGAAUGCAGGAAAUGGAAAAUUUGAAAAGCCCAAAUUUGACAUUUCUUUGCCUAAAAUAAAGGGUGAAGUCAAUGUUGAAGGUCCUGAUAUCAAGAGUGGAAAGUUUCACAUGCCUUCUGUAGAUAUCUCUCUGCCAGGAAGGGGUGGAAGUGGAUUUCUGAAUGUUGAAGGGCAUGAAGGAGAAGGAAAAGGAAAAAUUGAUAUGCCCAAAUGUGACAUUUCUUUGCCUAAAUUAAAGGGUGAAGUCAAUGUUGAAGGUCCUGAUAUCAAGGGUGGAAAGUUUCACAUGCCAUCUCUAGAGAUCUCUCUACCUGGAGGGGGAGCAAGAGGAGGAGCAAGUGGAGAUCUAAAUGUCAAAGGCAAUGCAGGAAAAGGAAGAAAAUUUGAAAUGCCCCAAUUUGAUGUGUCCUUGCCUAAAUUUAAAACAUCAGGGGGUGAAAUCAACACUGAAGGUCCUGAUAUCAAAGGUGGAAAGUUUCACAUGCCAUCUCUAGAGCUCUCUCUACCUGGAGGAGGAGCAAGUGGAGAUAUAAAUGUUGAAGGGAAUGCAGGAAAAGGACAAUUUGAAAUGCCUAAAUUUGACAUUUCUGUGCCUAAAUUAAAGGGUGAUGUCGAUGUUGAAUGUCCUGAUAUCAAGGGUGGAAAGUUUCACAUGCCUUCUAUAGAUAUCUCUCUGCCUGGAGGAGGAGCAGGAGGAGAUCUAAAUGUCAAAGGCAAUGCGGGAAAAGGAAAAUUUGAAAUGCCUAAAUUUGACAUUUCUUUGCCUAAAUUAAAGGGUGAUGUCGAUGUUGAAGGUCCUGAUAUCAAGGGUGGAAAGUUUCACAUGCCAUCUGUGGAUAUCUCUUUGCCAGGAGGAGGAGCAAGUGGAGAUGUAAAUGUUGAAGAACAUGCAGGAAAAGGAAGAAAAUUUGAAAUGCCCAAAUUUGAUGUGUCCUUGCCUAAAUUUAAAUCAUCAGGGGUUGAAAUCAACACCGAAGGUCCUGAUAUGAAAGGUAGAAAGUUUCACAUGCCAUCUCUAGAUAUAUCUCUGCCUGGAGGAGGAGCAAGUGGAGAUCUAAGUGCUGAAAGGAAUGCAGGAAAAGGAAAAAUUGAAAUGCCCAAAUUUGACAUUUCUUUGCCAAAAUUAACGGGUGAAGUUGAUGUUGAAGGUGCUGAUAUCAAGGGUGGAAAGUUUCGCAUGCCUUCUGUAGAUAUCUCUCUGCCAGGAGGAGGAGCAAGUGGAGAUCUAAAUGUCAAAGGCAAUGCAGGAAAAGGAAGAAAAUUUGAAAUGCCCCAAUUUGAUGUGUCCUUGCCUAAAUUUAAAACAUCAGGGGGUGAAAUCAACACUGAAGGUCCUGAUAUCAAAGGUGGAAAGUUUCACAUGCCAUCUCUAGAGCUCUCUCUAUCUGGAGGAGGAGCAAGUGGAGAUAUAAAUGUUGAAGGGAAUGCAGGAAAAGGAAAAUUUGAAAUGCCUAAAUUUGAAAUUCCUUUGCCAAAAAUGAAGGGUGAAGUCGACGUUGAAGGUACUGAUAUCAAGGGUGAAAGGUUUCACAUACCUUCUGUAGAUAUCUCUCUGCCAGGAGGAGGAGCAAGUGGAGAUAUAAAUGUCAAAGGCAAUGCGGGAAAAGGAACAUUUGAAAUGCCUAAAUUUGACAUUUCUUUGCCUAAAUUAAAGGGUGAAGUCAAUGUUGAAGGUCCUGAUAUCAAGGGUGGAAAGUUUCACAUGCCCUCUGUGGAUAUCUCUUUGCCAGGAGGAGGAGCAAGUGGAGAUGUAGAUGUUGAAGAACAUGCAGGAAAAGGAAGAAAAUUUGAAAUGCCCAAAUUUGAUGUGUCCUUGCCUAAAUUUAAAACAUCAGGGGGUGAAAUCAACACUGAAGGUCCUGAUAUCAAAGGUGGAAAGUUUCACAUGCCAUCUCUAGAGAUCUCUCUACCUGGAGCAGGAGCAAGUGGAGAUAUAGAUUUUGAAGGGAAUGCAGGAAAAGGAAAAUUUGAAAUGCCUAAAUUUGACAUUUCUUUGCCUAAAUUAAAGGAUGAAGUCGAUGUUGAAUGUCCUGAUAUCAAGGGUGGAAAGUUUCACAUGCCAUCUCUAGAGAUCUCUCUACCUGGAGGAGGAGCAAGUGGAGAUAUAAAUGUUGAAGGGAAUGCAGCAAAAGGAAAAUUUGAAAUGCCUACAUUUGACAUUUCUUUGCCUAAAUUAAAGGGUGAAGUCGAUGUUGAAGGUCCUGAUAUCAAGGGUGGAAAAUUUCACAUGCCCUCUGUAGAUAUAUCUCUUCCAGGAAGAGGUGGAAGUGGAUAUCUGAAUGUCGAAGGGCAUGAAGGAAAAGGAACAUUUGAAAUGCCCAAAUGUGACAUUUCUUUGCCUAAAUUAAAGGUUGAAGUCAAUGUUGAAGGUUCUGAUAUCAAGGGUGGAAAGUUUCACAUGCCUUCUGUAGAUAUCGCUCUGCCAGGAGUAGGAGCAAGUGGAGAUAUAAAUGUCAAAGGCAAUGCAGGAAAAGGAAAAUUUGAAAUGCCUAAAUUUGACAUUUCUUUGCCUAAAUUAAAGGGUGAAGUCAAUGUUGAAGGUCCUGAAAUCAAGGGUGGAAAGUUUCACAUGCCCUCUGUGGAUAUCUCUUUGCCAGGAGGAGGAGCAAGUGGAGAUGUAGAUGUUGAUGGACAUGCAGGAAAAGGAAGAACAUUUGAAGUGCCCAAAUUGGAUGUGUCCUUGCCUAAAUUUAAAACAUCAGGGGGUGAAAUCAACACUGAAGGUCCUGAUAUCAAAAGUGGAAAGUUUCACAUUCCCACUGUAGAUAUCUCUCUACCAGGAAGAGGAGAAAGUGGAAAAGUAGAUGUUGAAAUGCAAGCUAGAAAAGUAGGAAAGUUUCAGAUGCCAUCUGUUGAUAUUUCUCUACCAAAAGGAAACAAAGAAGGAUGCCUUGAUCAGGAUGAGGAUUUUGAAAAAGAUCGAAAGUUUCAUAUAACCAAUGUUGUUAUCUCUCUUGCUAAAAUUAAACAAACAGAACAUCAACUUAAAGUUGAAAGUACAGAUAAGAAAGCAAAGAUUUUCCAUUUGCCGGAUGUUGACAUCUCUAUACCUAAAAUAACCCAAGAUUCUAAUAUUGAGGCCAAAGCUACUGGUGGAAAAAGUAGUUACUUAAAUGACCCUAAGGUGACUGAAGGUGGAAAUAUUAAGCUACCUACGGUGAAAAUACCAACUGUUGAUAUAUCUGCUCCUAAAGUUGACCUGGACUUCACUCUUUCAAAGGGAAAAGGUGGUGAUAAGGAACAUAUUGAACUCCUCAAAGCAGAGGGUGGGAGGCCAUCAUCUGGGGCAAGUUUUGAUGUUCCAGACGUCUCUGUAAAAAUGCCCAAAAUUUCGCUCCCUAAAUUUGGCAAAAAAUGUAAAAGUGUCCACAAAGAACUAGAUAGUACUGGCUUAUCUCUAGAUUUGAACACGGAGAGAAGAUCACCAUCGGUGGAAAUGGAUGUCACAAAUACCAGAAUAAAAAUUCCAUCCAUUGGAAUAUCCAAAAAGAAUGUUGAUAUAAGUGGGCCAGAAACUGAAAUGAAGUUAAAAGCAGAUACUGGAGGACUUACUCAACCAGAAAUCCAUGUGGAAGAUCCUGAAGACAAGGUUAAAUACAAGCUCAAAUUCCCUAAAUUCAAGACAUUUACUUCCAAAGCAAAGCUCAAAGACACAAAAAUGGAUAUGUACUUGGACACAAAUGCUGGGGAAAGGGGCAACUUCAAAACCCCCACACUGGAUAACAAAGGAAAGGUAAAAAUGCCAGCAGUGGAAAUAUCAUUGCCAACAAAACAUUUUUCAGAGUGUGAGGUUUUGCUUCCAAAAUCUGAGGUUGAUGUAUCUGAAGAAGAUACCAGAGGUCCUGAGGGCAGCUUAAAAAUCCCUAAGAUGCCAACUAUUGAUAUAUCAGUUCCUAAAGUUGAUUUAGAUAUUUAUUUGCCAAAGGUAAAACUUGAUGAAUCAGUGGACUCAAACUCUACUGACUUAAAUAAUCAUAGUAGUAGGGGUACAGUAACUUAUCCCAAUAUAAAAAUCCCUAAAGUAGAUAUUUCACUUCCACAUAGAAAAACAGGAGAUAUGGAUAACCUUGAGGGUGAAUGUGGCAUGUUCAAGCAACCAAAAAUUACAGUUCCCUCAGUGGACAUAGCUUUACACAAAGGGAAAACAGAUGAAAAUUGUCCUUUAGAACUGGAAAUUGGAGGAGGUGGACACUUGAAUAUGACAGAUGUUAAGAUACCAAAUGUUGACAUAUCACUUCCUCUGGGGAAAACUAGAGACUAUGAUGCCCCAAAACUAGAAGCUGGAGGACAUGGGAGUGCAUUCAAGAAGCUAGACAUAAAAAUUACAGAUGUUGAUAUAUCCCCACCAAAAGGGAAAAUAGGACAAAUCAAUGUACCACAAAUAGAAAUGAAAGGAAAAAGAGAAAAAAUUCAGAUGCCGAAAGUUGAUAUUGCCGUUCCUAGAGCAAGAAUGUCAGACUCUGAUGUUCCAGAGCUGGAGUUAGGAAGAAGUGGUAAAUUAAAAAUGCCAGCAGUGGAAAUAUCAUUACCCCAUGUAAAAACUGACACAUCUAAACAUGACUUCGAAACUAAAGGUAACAAACUGAAAAUGCCAAAAAUGUCAAUGCCCACUGUGGACAUAUCAUUGCCACAUGGAAAUACAGGAGAAACUGAUGAUCUUGAUUCAGAAAUUAGAGUAAAGGGGGGUACAUUAAAAAUUCCAGACAUCACAGUGCCUAAGGUAGAUUUAUCACUACCUCAUGGAGGGAAAAGAGAAAUUCAUGCACCAGUCUCAAAGGUAGAAGGUGGAAAUGUAAAGAUGCCAACAGUUGAUAUAUCACUUCCUAAAAUAAAAUCAAAAGAUAUAAUUGUUCCAGAACUUGACUUUGACAAUGGGCCUGCCCAAGUUAACACUGAUAAAAAGCAGAGUGGUAAAGUCAAAAUCCCAAAGAUUGGGAUACCGCUGCCUUCUAUGUGUUCACAUGAAGCCAACAUCAAAUCAUCUCAGGUAAAAGGUAAUUCUGUAACAGCAGACUCUGAGAUAGAGUAUGAGGGCCCACGAAUGCCAAAAGUGAAAAAAGCAGUGUUUGUUAUGGUGAAUCCACAAAUAGAGAGCUCUGCUAGUGUAGGUGGUGAAGCAAGUGCAGAAAUUGGAGAUGAGAAGCUCAAGUUGCCAAAGAUCAAGCCAAGUUUUGGCAAGUCUCAAACAAAUGAAAAAUGGAAAUCAAUAAAUAGUGAAGAAGAUGUGGAAACUGAAGAAAGGCCAAAGACUGGUAAGCUGAAGUUGCCCAAAGUCACUUUUUCAUCUGGGAAGACAGGAUCAUUUGAUGUAACACAAGGUGGGUCUGAUGUUGGAACAGGUCCAAACCUAAAUAGGGACAAAGUUGAAAAAGCAAUGUUUGGAAAGCUUAAAUUGCCCAUAGUAGAGUUUUUCUCACCAUACUCAAAUGAAACAGGUGAGAAAGAGGAUAUGGAAACAAGUAUGAAACUUGCCAGGAUGGAGACCUCAGGGGAUGGCAAAGAGAGCAAGGAGACAAAGACAAAACCAGGCAAAAUGUAUUUUCCCAGUGCCGAGAAGAAAACAGGGAUGGAUGAGGAGAUGGGAGAGAUUGGUACUUUAGUAUUCUCAAAAGCUAGGACUGAAAUGUUGGCAGAACGGGAGAGAUCAGAGUCCCCAAUACCUAAAGUUUUAGCUGGAUUCGUCUCAGGAAAGAAAAGUGAAGAAAGAGAGGAGACAACAUGGUUCAAAGUACCGAAAGUCACCCUUAGUCCCCAUUCUACUGGAAUCCUUCACAUCACACCAGAAGGGUCUCCAAGGGGAAGUAAGUCCUCUCUUCCAUGUUCUAGUGAAGAAACCUCUGGAGGUUUCUAUGUGAAGAUGCCAAGCAUAGAAUGUUCAACCCAGGAAAUGUCCUCAGAGCAUGUUACCAAAACAAAGGAGGGAACUAUUACUGUGGUGAAGAAGGUGACGAAGUAUACAGAGUCAAGUAGCAGUUCAAGGCUGUAAGCAUCUGAAUCACAGAACUGUGAUAUGCAAUAUGUAGCUAAAUGAUAUAUAUAUAUAUAUAUAUAUAUAUAUAUAUAUAUAUAUAUAUA